GGAGGAGGAGGAGGAGGAAUUGAUGCAUUGUACACGGAGUCUGGGUUCCGGUUUCUUCGCGAAGAAGUCACACGGAGACAGGCUCCGGCAUUCCAUCUGAUCGCGCUGCGGGUCCUGCUGUUUGCUGCGUCUGCUGCUGGUGCUGGUGCUGCUGCCGCUGGUGGUGGCUGCUUGAUGGAGAGGGCGCUAUGUUUGAGAAGAUAUGAUGUCAUGGCUGGCAUGCAAUAAUACUGGACUGCGACUUGAGAGCGAAUCUGCGCAGUGCGGUUUUGACGAGUGAGGGGCCGGAGGCGAUUUAUUGUGGUUGAGUAAGGGAGGGAGGCAGGGAGGGAGGGUGUGAGGGGAAGGGACGGGAACGGCAGGGGCGGGCCCGAGGCGAGGCAGGAACGGGACGAUGGAUGCGGGGAAAUCGUGCGGGACGGGGUAGGACGGAUUGCAAGACGAGGAGAAACUGCUGAGAACGUCGCGCGGAGGAGUGAGAGUCGUUGGAAUCGGGGGCACAGAGUUUGCUUCGUUUUUCUUGCUGCUGCUGCUGCUGCUGGUCCUCCUCCUGCUGCUCCUGCUGCUGCCGGUGGUGCUGCCGCCACUGCUCCCCAGGAUUCUGGUUGAUAACGGUAGGAGGCUUGCUCGGCCAAUUGCCGAUGCCGACGCUUGCCGGACCAGCGGCAGGACGGGAUGGCAAUUCACUCGGAUGCCAAGAGUCCUAGGCUUUGUCGGCUCGAGAGUGCCUCCCGACGGGGCCAGAGGCGGCCCGACUCCGCCGCAGUGUCGCAAUUCAGAGCCGAGUGAAGUGGCUGAUGUGAAAUUUCUGUGAUCGAUGGGCCGAAGGAAUUUUCAGAGUGUAUUUCUAAUCGGCGAUGGAUAAUUUCUGUUACUGCACCUCCGGACAAAGUCUGUCUACAUUCCAAGAGAAUUUGCUGGUCCCGUAGAUGUCUGUCUGGACCGUCGGGAAUUAGAAUUUUAUAGAUAUGGACUUCUUCUCAGGAGAUCCCUCCAGCAGGAGGAAAGUCGAUUUGGGAGGCCGCAGUAACAAGGAGAGGGAUCGGGAAAAGCUUCUAGUGGAAGCUCGCCUGGAGCGUGAACAGAGGAAGCUUGUUCGUCUGCACAAUCAAAGUGCCGCGCAGAUUCAGAAAUGUUUUCGAGGGAGAAAAGUUGUUGCAGUAGCUCGUCCAGCCAUACGAUCGGAGUUUUGCAGUCAGUUUGGCGAAUUUGGAGAGAAGGCAGACAGUACGGUGUUCAGGUCCUCUUCAAAAUAUUUUCCUCAAUUAUUUUUCUUUUUCAAUGAGAAAGACGCUGGCGAUUGUCAGCGCCUUGUUCAAGCAUGUCGACUGCUCCAACAGUCGUUAAGGGAAACAGGGGACGUUGUAGCUCUAUUCACCGAAAAUGAUCAGAUAGAUGGGCCUUUGGUCAUAUACAGAGUAAAACGGCUUGCUAGGAUCUGUUUACAAACUCUUCAUGUUCACCGCAACUCUUUGAAGGCGGAACUUUUGCAACCAGUCCAGGCGUUCAAUUCCUUGACCAACUCGGCCACUUUGCUGUUGGACACUGUCCUGACUUUGACAGGAGAUAAUUUUCCCUGGUCUGAAGUUGUUCUUAAGUACCUUCAUGAGUACAAGCUGUUUUACCUUCUACGUAGUAUUUUCCUUAUGGUGGAACCAGAAGAAAAGCCAACUAAGAUGACCUGUAUAGAGAGUGCUGUUCUUGUAUUUGCUUCUCGGCAUGUUCGAAGUUUGCGAAGUGAUACCAGCAAGCUCACCAAAGGAAGCUUUUCAACUGAUAUACUUUCGAUUCCAUUAGUUUGGAAGCGUUUUCCAAUAUUCAAGCAGGAAUGCAUCAAGGAGAAAGUCUGGGCUCACUCUGUUCACCAGAUAGCUGCUUCUCUAUCAGAGUUACUAAGCAUCUUACCUCCAGACACUUGUCCAGGAUUUCCAUCCAGCGUUUGUUUGCUGGGUAACUUAUUAGAGAUUGCUGCAGCAGCUAUGCGUGGCCCUGAUUGCGAAUUAAAAUUGGCAUCCGAUUUCGCUCUAGUUACAAGGUAUCUGAUGGAACGGCUUCCUGCAAGUUUUUACAAAUUCGUAAAAGCUCUCGAUGAAGGUUAUGAAGAUGAGAUGGACGUGGAUGGCUUUGGUAAAGUCACAAUGCCGGAGCCAGAAUUGAAAGAGCAGCUGAAGUACGCCGAAGACUAUGAGCUCCUAAAAACUUUGGUGAGAGUAACUUGCUCAAGUAGUGCUACUUCCACCACGGAAGCGCCAUCUUCAACCGAAGCAGCCGCCGUUGGAGCUGUUUGUGCAUUUUUGUACGCAACUUUCACAGUUUUGCCGUCCAAUUUGGUCAUGACAGGAUUGGCCUACAGAGCAGAGUUGGUUCCGCAGCUCUGGCAGUAUAUAAAGCGUUGUCAUCUUGCACAUUCUUGGCCCUCUUUAGAACUCGUAGGAGAUGCCAGCGAUUCGCAGGUUCCUGCGGAUCUACUUGGUUGGAUGCUACCCCUGGCAGUAUUUUGCCCAGUAUUCAGCUAUCUAUUGACGACUAUUGAUAAUGAAGAAUUUUACGAGCAGCAGAGACCUCUGUCUCUUGAAGAUCUUGUACAGUUGGUCACCAUUCUGAAAGAGGCGCUUUGGCAGCUUCUGUGGGUCAUGAGUGCCAAGCCACCGUCAAUCGUGUCUAAUCAGAGGCUAGGUCAGACUCUACAAAACAGAAUGUUCUCCUCCAAAGCUAUCCGAGAUCGUGUUGCUGAUGUGUCUGCCAGUCUUUUGGCAGCGUUACAUGACCGCAACAGCAGGAGGCAAUUUUCACCACCACAGCAUUUUCAUGCGCGGGAGGCUGUCGAUGAGAAUUUCUUUGCCCAAGCAGAAGGGGAGAAUACGCGGGCCCAGUACCUUUUGCGGAAAGCUCCAUUUUUGGUACCUUUCACGGAUAGAGUGCGCAUAUACACGUCCCAAUUGACAGCUGCCCGGCAGCAUAGCACCCAUCAAACUCCUUUUCCAAGGUUGCGGGUGAGGAUAAGAAGAGACCGGAUUAUAGAAGAUGCUUUUGCUCAACUGAAUCCCCUUGCGGAGGAGGCUCUGAGAGGCACGAUCCGGGUGACAUUUGUGAAUGAGUUGGGAGUGGAGGAAGCUGGUGUUGAUGGAGGUGGAAUCUUUAAGGAUUUCAUGGAAAACAUCACGAAGGCGGCCUUCGACAUACAGUAUGGUCUUUUUAAGGAAACUUCAGAUCAUCUCCUGUACCCUAAUCCUGCGUCAAAUAUGGUACACGACGACCACCUUCACUACUUCGAGUUUCUCGGCAAAAUUCUGGGAAAGGCCAUGUUUGAAGGAAUAUUGGUGGACAUACCGUUCGCGACAUUUUUCUUGAGCAAGCUGCGGAAUAAACACAAUUUUCUUCACGAUUUGCCGUCAUUGGAUCCGGAGCUCUAUCGGAGCCUUCUAUUUCUCAAGCAUUAUAGUGGAGAUCUUUCUCAAUUGGGGUUAUUUUUUGUCAUCGAGAAUAAUGAAUACGGUGAACAAAUGGAGAUCGAGCUUCUGAAGGAUGGCAAGGAUAUGCCUGUUACAAACAAGAACAAGAUUAACUACAUACAUCUGGUGGCUAAUCAUCGUCUCAACACCCAAAUACGGCAACAGAGUUCUUACUUUUUACGGGGGUUUCAGCAACUGAUAAAGAUGGAAUGGAUCAACAUGUUCAAUGAACAAGAACUACAGAUUCUCAUAUCUGGCUCACAGGAGGGAAUGGAUGUGAAUGACUUGCGUUCAAAUGUGCACUAUGCUGGUGGUUACUCUGAGACCCAUCCUGUGAUUGAAAUGUUCUGGGACGUCGUGAAGACUUUAGAUAUGGACCUGCAGCAGAAGUUUCUCAAGUUUGUUACAGGUUGUUCUCGGGGACCUUUGCUGGGUUUCAAGUAUUUAGAGCCCCGAUUUUGUAUUCAAAGAGCUGCUCCUGAAGAUGCAUCCGAGGAGACGUUGGAUCGGCUACCAACGUCAGCUACUUGCAUGAACCUUCUAAAGCUUCCACCAUACAGAAGCAAGGAAACCAUCCAAGAGAAGCUGCUUUAUGCCAUCACAGCAGGGGCUGGUUUCGAUUUAAGCUAAAUUACGAGUAUACCUUGAUAAUCAAUGUCUCCGGCUACUGUUGCGGGAGCCAUAUGAAUCUUUUGUCUGGGACAGUGCGGAUUGUUGAUGAGAGGGUGAAGGAGGCGCAGAGUGGUGUGGCAGUUUUUCCCACUAGUUUUCCAGCGGUGAAGAAUUGUGAAGAGAUCCAGUGGAGUUUCUUCUGAAUUAUCGGUUAGUAAUGUGGAUUCAAAGAGCAGUUGAAAGUUACCCUCAUCAAAACUGCUCUUAAAAAACUACCUGUCGUGAAUCUGGGAAGUCCUGAAUUGUGAUUGCAGCCACCCAUCUAUCACGCAGAUCAGUAAGAUGGCUCUGGUCAACUGCUCCUCCUAGAGAAAGCAAGUGGUAUGUCGUACCAGAACUUAUGGAGUACUUCCGAAGCUGAGAAAGCAGAUCCCAGAAUGGGUUCUGUUCCGGUGAUGUGUAGCAAUUAGAGCAGCUCCUGCUUUCACAAAUACCGUCAAUCGUGCAAUCUAUGCGGUCCACUGUAAAUCUGAUUUUGUCAUACACAGCCAUUGAUCACCACAAUAUUGUACAAUGGAGUGAGCAGUGCUCGAAAUGUAUAAUCCAUCCACGAAUCCACUGUGCCUUAGUAGGCAUUCGUGCUGUCAUUUUUGCUACGAAAUGUCCUCGAGUCUUUGUGGAGAAAGUUCGUAGUCGCCGUUUUCGUCUUGUAUGAAUUUCAAUAAAGAUAUGAACAUGGAUACCUUCUGCUUGCUUACAUUGUAAUUAGGUAGAGCAUUGGUUCGGUCUUCGGCCCCAUUUCAAGCAUAUUUUCUUUCCAGGUUCGUAUUCAUGUCAAUGUCCAUCGGGAGGAGUU